AUGCUCCGACAACGAUCCCUCCAACACAGCACCGAACCUCGCCCCAUCAGCGAACUCGGCUGGAUCAGAGGCUCCUACAAAACCCAUCUCAGCAACUGGCUCAUCUCCCAAUCCCUUCUCUGGGACCCCUCCAUGCUAGCCACCAAGCUAGGCCGUGACAUUGAACUGCAAAUCACUCGUGACAGCCGUGUCUUUGAGGUGGCCAACUUGAUGAGAGCCGUCACGUAUCUGCAUGCAGAGCUAGUCUACUAUGGGGUGUCGACACAUAAGGAUCCUCUCCAGGUGUGGAAGGACGUCUUGCAGUAUGCGAAUCCGUGGUUUAUCGAAAUGAGUCCGAAGUUGAGGGAAAUGGUGGAGGAAGAGCAGAUUAUGAUUACGAAUGAUGACUUUUUGGUGGAAUUUGAUGCGUUUGUUAAUGAGCAAGGGUUGAAUGGCAAGGUUGUCGUUUUGAUGAAUUGCCCGAAUUCCGAGAGAUGGGAUAAGCAAAACUUUCAUUAG